AUAUAUAUUGAUGUGUGAGUGUGAAUGUUCACAGAUGCGGAGACUUAGUUGCGUUUCAGAUAAGAAAAAAGAGGCAACAGUAAUCUCCUCAUUCAUCAGUCAUUCCUGGGACUUCAUGAGAACUUUUUCAUGACCACUCUCAAGCAUCAAAGGUCAUAAUUCUGACAUGUGUGACCGUCAAGAGAAAAACUACAAGCAUGGAAAGACGGUGCCGCACCAGCACCAAAACCAGGACCAGUACCGGCAAAAGCUGUAUCAGUCAGAUGACGACUACAGCCAAGACACCCGUUCAAAGGCAGAUGGCAGCAUUUUGAACGAAGACCAUGGACGUCAUCACUGUCAGUCUCAUCACGACCAUCACAAGCCACAUCUCCACCGCGCUUCUCUUCCGGAAAUCUCUCUGACUUCCUCAGCUGGUUCCUCUUCGUCCUCGCCGUCUUCCUUCUCUUCGUCUUCCUCCUCUUGUUCCUCCUUCUCUUCCUCCUCUUCCUCCUCCAGCUUCUCCUCUGACACCAGCAGCGACUGCUGGGCUAGAGCUGCACACAAGAAGCCUCGGCAUUCACAGUCCUGCACGGACAUCACAGGAAAACACGGAUACUUUGACAGAGAAGACGACACGGCUCCUCUGAUUGAUAAAAAACGUGUGAGCAGACGCUCAGUCAAAGGGAAAAGGGAGAAAGGCAAGUCCUCACGCAGCCCGACUCAGGACACUGCUAACAAAACACAGAAGAUUAGAAGAGGAUCCAGAAGUGAUGGAAAUGUCCGGAAAUCCAAGUCCAUGGAGGCUCUCAGUAGACCUAAAGACGGAGAGGAACAUGAAAACUGUGAUGAAAAUGAACAAGAAAGGAGGAAAAGUGAAGCCCAAAAGAAUUUAAUGAAGGAGAAAAUGAAGUUCUCUGCUUUCCUCAAUGAAAUCACUCGGCAGGUGCUCAGCCCGAUGAGACUCACUACUCUUGGGGUCACAGAUGCUCAAAGACCCUGCAGUCCACGGCAGGCUUCCGUUAAGUCCAGUAAGAUGGACAGCAGCACUAACAAACAUGGACAACAGAAGAGCCGGCCCACCAGCGCAGACUCGGUUAGCUCCAGUGAACACUCUCAUACCGGCAAGCAACACUCUACUCAACUCUCCAAAUCGAAAUCCUUCCACCACAGCCGCAGUCACCAUUCUGGAGACUCGCCCACUCACAUGUACCCCAGGCCCAAGAGUUGCACUGACAUAAGCUGUUUGAAAAGAGCUCAAAGUCCUCAGCAUCACAACCACACGCCUUCCAAUAAGGGCUACCACCGUCACCAGGGCAAUCACACCUCUCGUCAUCACCACCGUCGUCAUCAUUGUGAAGACUGCAACUGCCUGAACAAUCAGAAUCACCACAGAGACCAAGACGGCACAGAUCAUCUGCAUCGACAAGGACAUCAUGGUGGGCACCAUAGCCCCACCAAUCACCAUGGUAACCAAUAUAAACACAAUAGCGUCUACCAUAGCCCAUCCCGUCACCAUCAUAAUGGAGACCGUUGUUAUGGAUGCCACUUCAGCCCAACUCGCCACCACGGACAGCACUGUCAUCACCAUGGAAACCACCGUGGACCUUCUCGUCACCAUCACCAUAGUGACCAACAUGGCCAUGCUCUUCACCAUGGAGAAGAACAAAGUACCACUUUUCAUUACACCCAUGGAGACCAAAGUUCACCCCAUAAUUGUGAAGGUCACACCACUCCAUCACAUCACCAUCUUCAUGGUUCAGGUUACUACCACCAAAGCAGCCACCCAAAAACUGAGUGUCCUACUACAUCAAAUCACCACAGGCAUCAUAGCUCAUCCAGUGACCAUGGUAAUCAUCACAGCCCACCACAUCACCAUCACCAUCACCACAUCAAUCAGCAUCACCCAGGAGACCACCACAGUGAAGCUCAUCAUUAUCACCAUGGUGAUAGUGAAUCUCAUCAGCAUCACCAUGGAAACCACCACAAUGAAUUUACUCAGCAUCACCAUGGAGACCAUCACAGUUCAGGCCAUCACCAUCAACAUGGAGACCACCACAGGGAAAUGUAUAAGCAUCACCAUGGGGACCACCACAGGGAAACACCAGAGCAUUUCCAUGGAGACCAACACAGGGAAACACAUGAGCAUCACCAUGGAGACCACCACAGG